UUCCCGCCGCCGCUCUUGUCUCAAUUUGAAAUUAUUCUUCUCGAUUAAUCGGCGGCAAAAUCGCCGAUUAAACCCAUUUCCGGUAUUCUAUUCUCACCGAUGAAACUCGACCUCCUUCCUUCCUCGCGACUUCUCUCUCAUUUUCUUAAUUUAUCCCACGGCGUUCGAUUCGCCGGUUAGCCGAUUUUUAAAUCUCCUCGGAAACUGCAUUUUAGGGUUUUAUCGGAAUUCAAAACACACAGAAAAUGUCAAUGCGUGGAAGCCUUCGACAAUUGAGAAGCCUCCUCUUUGUAGAUAGCAGAUACGAAUGCAAAGUGCCCGCGCAAUUGGGGAAGAUUUUCGAAAGGGGGAAGGGGAUGGAAAUGCCUAAUUCGGAUUCCGAUUGGGAUUAUCCCCUCACCGAUGAAGAUCUCCGCGCAAUCGACGCCGUAAUUUCCUCCGUUAAGCGCCACCGGCUCGAUGAUGAUGCCUCCGCCCGCUCUCCGCCCAAGCUACGGCGGCGGUUGCCCAGCUCUCUCUUUGCUUCUCAGCAGCAGCAGCAGCAGCAACGGGGUUUGAACAUUCGAAAUUCCCCCUUUUCUUCUUGCUCUAGCCGCUGUUAUGGUAGAACUAGAUCCCCGGUUUCACAUUUUCAAGAGGUAAAAUUUGGAGGUCGUAUUGUGUAUAGCAGAACAACGAAAGAGGUAGAAAGAUCUGCACAGGAGCUUCUAGAUUUUGUAGAAGCUAAGAAAAAGAAUGGUAGUCAGUGCUACCUUGGUCUGGAUCUCGAGUGGAGACCCUCAUUCAGAAGAGGUGUUUCACCUGGGAAGGUUGCAGUUAUGCAGAUAUGUGGCGAUAAUAGCUGUUGCCAUGUGUUGCACUUAUUUCAUUCUGGAAUUCCUAAAAAUUUGCAAAGCCUUCUUGAAGAUGACACUUCCUUAAAGGUGGGUGCUGGCAUUGCAAAUGAUGUAAGAAAGCUUUGGAAAGAUUACGAUGUAUCAAUCAACACUUUCCAAGAUCUUUCUGAUAGAGCCAAUCAAAAGCUUGGAGAUCGUAAGAAGUGGGGUUUAUCAUCUUUAACUGAAAUGCUGUUAUGCAAACAGCUCCCCAAGCCAAAUAUACUCAGGCUAGGCAAUUGGGAAGUUAAUGUUCUAUCACACGAACAAUUAAAAUAUGCUGCCGUUGAUGCAUACGUCUCUUUUUACCUUAAUCAGGUUUUGAAUGAUUUACCAGAUCCUGUGAUCAAUGAAACAACGCAAAUGGAUGCCACAUAAACGACACCGAUUUAUCAUAUAUUUAUUGCACUUAUAUCAUCUCCAGCUAUGUGCUACACAACUUGCAUCCACAGUCCGUAAUAUAUACGCCCCUGCAUAUUGCUGAGACUCGUUGCUAUUCUGGGAGAAAGUAUGGCUCCACAUUCUGCUGGUUCGGUGGAAUCCCCGUUUGUUUUGGGAUAAUGGACAAUGGUUCUUAAUCUUAUAAAGAACCAGGCUUCUCGAUUUUUAGACUAAUUUAUGUGAUUCUUUCAACAUUAUUGAAGCACGGAAGAGUAGUGUUCUUCCGUGUUUCAUAUAUUAUGAGUCAUGAAUCAUGAAUAUACUUUUUGCUGCA